AUGAAAAAUUCAGCUUUAGUUUUUAUUUGUUCAUUAAUUUAUUUUACAAAUGGAUUAAGUUUAUAUAAAGUAGAGAAUUUCAAUCUUGAUGAAGUCAAUCCUGACUUGAAAAUUAAAGAAGAAUAUCAAAAUACAGAUUUCAAUGCUUUAGCUAAUAUUUUUAACAAAAGAGAAGUAGAUGAAAGAAAAAGAGAUUCAUUAUUAUCAUUUUUUACAAAAAGAAGGUAUGGUUGGAGUCAUGGAAGUCUGAGCCAUGGAUCUAGCGGAAGUCUGAGCCAUGGAUCUAGUGGAAGUCUGAGUCAUGGUUCUGGUGGAAGUCUGAGUGAUGGUGGUUCUAGUGGAAGUCUGAGUCAUGGUUCUGGAAGUGAUUCAGACAGUGGAUCAAGCAGUGAAUCAAGCAGCGGUACAAGUAGUGGAUCAAAUAGUGGAUCAAACAGUGGUUCUGAUGAAGGGUCCUCUGGUUCUUCUGGCUCUUCAGGUUCGAGUGGAACAAGAGGUUCAGGCUCUACUGGAUAUGCUAGCGGGGGAACACAUCAUACUACUCAUAGACAUCAUAAUUCAUCUUCAUCUAGAGGUGCAGGAAACUCUAUUGGAGAUUCUAAGAUACUUUUAUUAGGUACUUUUAUUGGAGCAUUAUUAAUUUGA